GCCCCUUCUCCGUGUGCCACACCCCGGCUGUCCCCUCCUGCUCCCCUCCAGCGUGGACCCCCACCCAUCCCCAGCCAAUGGCCCCACAGCGUGGGGCGGGGAGGGGCUGCCGGCAGUGGAUAAAAGCCCCCAGGGGUCUGCAGCUCCGCUACAAGGUCCGUGUCCUCCUGCAGCCACACGCUACCCUCCACCCGACACCAUGGUGCACUGGUCAGCCGAGGAGAAGCAGCUCAUCACCAGCAUCUGGAGCAAGGUCAAUGUGGAGGAAUGUGGAGCUGAGGCUCUGGCCAGGCUGCUGAUCGUCUACCCCUGGACCCAGAGGUUCUUCUCUUCCUUUGGGAACCUGUCCAGCCCCACUGCCAUCAUCGGUAACCCCAAGGUCCGUGCCCAUGGCAGGAAGGUGCUCAGUUCCUUUGGGGAAGCCGUGAAGAACCUGGACAACAUCAAGAACACCUACGCCAAGCUGUCCGAGCUGCACUGUGAGAAGCUGCACGUGGACCCCGAGAACUUCAGGCUCCUCGGAGACAUCCUGAUCAUCGUCCUGGCCGCCCACUUCGCCAGGGAUUUCACCCCCGCUUGCCAGUUUGCCUGGCAAAAGCUGGUCAGCGUCGUGGCUCACGCGCUGGCCCGCAAGUACCACUGAGCCUGCCGGCACCGGCCGGGGAAGGACCCCGCCGCACCCAGCACCCCUGGGUGCCAGCUGGCUGUAACCCCCAAUAAACACCUCAAAUGUC